GUAUGGCACGAUUACCAGUCGAUGCCAGAUAGUGAUUAAAAAAAUAAUAAUGUUCACCAAGAUGAUGUGAACUGUGACUGUUAAAAUUUACACACAUCGUUGACGUUUAGGUUAAAACCAUGUCCUCUGCAAUAGUGAAAAAAUGUUUAGAGCUUUUUAAGGAUGACCUAAAAACAGAAACACCUACUUCUGUAAAGAAAAAAAAGAAGACUGUUGAUGCCAUGAAGCUAAUAAGUUCCAAGAACACUGGGACAUGGAAGGAACUAAGGAGACUUCAGAAACAACAGAGAUCACAGAGAAGAAAACAGACGAAACAGACAAAGUCAUUGAUUGAGAUAUACCAAGACCGUCAGCAUGGUGAUUUUACAGAACAUAACAUCAGUAUGCUGCAGAAGUUGUCACACGCUGGAAAACUGAAAACAAAUCAAGCGAAAAUGAUUCUUGAACAGAAUGACAGACAUCGCAGAAGACCUAAGACGGAGGAAAGAAAAACAGAGGAGAAAAGCAUUUUCACAGAUAAAGACUUUGAGAAAUUUGAACAGGAAUACAACUUUACCUCACAAUGAAUAUCAUACAUGUAUGAUCAGCAUUCUUCCUAGAAAUUUAUAAGUGGUGAAAACAACAUGCCAAAGGCAUGGAGUGUGAAGUUGAUUACAUUGACAGAGGCAGCAGGUGGUGGGACAUAACCCAGUGGUAAGGCGAGUGCAUUCUGCCUAGGAUCGAUUCCCAACAGUGGGCCCAUUGAGCUAUUUCUCAUUCCAGCCAGUGCUCCACAACUGUUGUAACAAAGGCCAUAUGUUAUA